AUGGGUUCUCCUUUCCCAGCCUCCUCAUCUCGCGCUGGCGAUGGCCGUCUCGUGGUCAAACUGUCCCCAGCUGGGACUAGCAGUCUCGAGGCAAUGACAUACCAGUAUCCUCUGAAACUGAUAUCCCCCUCUCCCUCUGCGGAUCAGAAGAGCGUCUUGGUCUUUAUCCUAUCGUAUGGCGGUGGUUUGGUGGGAGGCGAUAGCGUCAACCUCUCAAUUCAUGUCCACGAGAAAUCUAAGCUUAGCCUCGUUACGCAGGGCCAUACCAAGGUGUUCAAGUCGCCGUCACCUGACGUCGUAACGAGUCAAACCCUGCAAGUGCGAGUAGAUGAUGAUGCUUCUCUUUGCCUCCUGCCAGACCCAGUCCAGCCAUUUGAAAGCAGUGUGUACGUCCAAACGCAAAUUUUCAAACUUGCGCCACGGGCGUCGAUAUGUUUCCUAGACUGGGUGACCCAAGGCCGGAGUGCUCGAGGGGAAGACUGGAGCUUCAUCCGAUGGACCGGCCGCAACGAGAUAUGGCAAAGAGGAGAUGAGGCAGCCGGCAAGGAUAGACUCCUGGUCAGGGACACUGUGGUCCUCUCUGGCCCCGAUAGCCUUCUCCUAGGACGUCCUUUGAAAGAAACAAUGCAUAAGACGGGUGUUUUCGGCACCCUUCUUCUCAGGGGCCAUUUGAUGAAACCGGUUGGCGAUUUCUUCCUAAGCGAAUUCGCAGCCCUUCCUCGCAUUGGAGCUCGAGACUUUCGGUCCGCCGAAGACAAAGCUCAAGAAGAGGCAGCUCAGUCCGAGUCAGAACGCUGGAGCUCGAACAGGAUACAGAAGGAGAAGGAGGAAGGCGUUUUAUGGUCUGCAGCUAACGUCCGAAGUUGUGUCAUCGUCAAGUUUGGCGCAAAGACUGUCGAAGCUGGGAGGAAUUGGAUUGGCAGCAUGCUUAUAAGAGAAGGCACCAUUGCACAUCAUUUCGGCAGUGAGGCCUUGAUGUGUGUACAAUAA